GAUGGCGCCGACAUAUGGUAGUUCUGCUUCUAGCUCCUAUGUACUACUGCACGGUUGGAACUAGGAAUUAAAACAUUUCGCUACACCAGCAAUAACAUCUGCUAAAGACGUGUACGUGACCAAUACAAUUAGAUUUUCUGUGGUACUUGACGUAUGACGUCACGUUUCCUGUUUCCUCAUUCGACAGUUUUUCAAAACAUUCCCGGCAAAAUCUCAAACUAGUCGUUUUUAGCUAGCUGCUACAACUAAAACAAGGAACAUGGUUCAGGAAUUUCAUGUCCUAAGAUGUUGUUCUUGCCAAACCUACCAAGUGCAACAGGUUAAAAAGAGCAAAAAAUGGAACUGCAAGCUGUGUGGGGAAAAGCAGUCGGUCAUUAAGGAGUUUGGGCGUGGCUCUGGAGUGGAUUGCAGACGUCAUGUUCAGAAGGUCAAUGCCAGGCGUGGAGAGCUACUUGAAGAGCAGGACCAGAAAGCCUGGUCACGAUGGGAGGAGGUGGAUGAUAUGGCUGAAGAAGAGGUUGUAGAAAAAGCUCAGGAGUGUUGUGACCAGAAUGCAGAAGAGGCUAAUGGGAGUCGCUGGAGUAAAUACCUGCAGACGAGCGAUGAAGGUGCGGGUCAAGAAGAGGCUGAGGAAGAGGAGAAUGUUUACAUGGACAGAAACCAUCUCCAAGGCAACAUAAAUGUCAGAAAAAGGAAGAGAGGUAGAGGAUAUCACAGUGGAGAAGAGGACACCAUGCCUCCUACACAAGGCUGGAGGAUGAAAGGGAAGUCGGCUAAUCUGCCACAACACAACAGACCCCCCAGCUCAUUGGGAGACCACUGUACAGGGGCCAAACAGUCAGCUCCCUACAGACCACCAGUCCCAGCUUACAGCAAACCCCCUACUGUAAUUGAACCACCCUCAACUACCAGCAGCAAACUCUCUUCAACCUCACUCCCCUACAGAGCAAAUACAGCGAUGACCUCGCAACCUUCUGGAUCCUCGGGUACUGCAGUGUCACAGACCUCCAAAUGGGCUCAGUUCCUAACUGCCUCUCCUGAGGAAGAUGAGACCAACUGGAGUGGUAGUACAAUGCAUAUGGAUGAGUUUCAAACCCCUGGUUCAAUGUUCUCAAAUGUUCCUAAUGUGGUGCUCAAACACCAGAACUAUAUAAAAGCCCCUUUUGGACAACCGGCCUGUAGUGGCAUUUCCAAAUUGGCUGGGCUAGGUGGGGGUAGUGGUUUUCUGGGGAAGAGCACCAGGAAGACAUUUGAUAGGCUGAAGUCAACUAUCCCCCAUUGUGGAUUUGGGCAGGCAGCCUAUAGCAAAGGAGGUCCUGCCCAUAUGACUUUACCUGAGAGCGAAGCACCAGUCUGUUAUCAGACCCCGCCCACCAAGCACCCAUGCCCCACCCUCUCUCUGGGGACCCUGUUCUACACAGAUGAUGACUUUGAUGACACUUUUUAAAAGCCAUGUAAUGGUUGCUCUUUUUUUGUGCAUCUAUAUACGAAGUGGCCUAGUAGUCUACGCUGUAAACAAGUCUGAAUGUUUUGUAAUUAACGUUUAACCCAUUAAUCUCUGGAUUUUGUCUAAUAGUUCAUGGUUGCAAUAAAUUAUUAAACUAUG